CGAUGUUGCAUAAACUAUAUACUGGCUGCAAAGAUUUGUUGUCGAUGAAUUCAAUCUCAUUUUAUAAUCACUGUGUUCCUGUUUUGCGAAGAGUGAUGUUAGCGCUUUCUUACGCUGUGGUUUCUCAUUGCAGAAAUGACGUUGGAUUCGUCUGCGCCCCCGGGUGGAGAAAUGUUUGAACAGUUUGCAGGGAGUCAGAGAACGACUUCGCCAUGGAGUAACGAAGGAACCAGGAGCAAGAAAGAACACACUCUUUACGGCACUCCAAGAUGUGGAACAUGCACGAGCAUUUCCAUCGGCUUUCAGUCCCCUGUACAGAUGUGGUUGUUAACGUACCAAUCCUCGGAGCUCGACCCCGUUCUGGUGAGGGUCCCAGGCCACAGGUGCGAAGCCUGGCACUGAAGCAACUGCGACAUUGAAUGCGCCCACCUUUGUUGACGCCAUGCGAACAUUUCGACAACGCCGCAUCCGACGUGGAAAAAUAGAAGGCAUCCUAUACGUAGAGCAGUCGGAGAUGAAGCUGAGAGCUGGGGGGAACGCCUUCGAUAGUUUCUCGCCGCAAAGAAGUGUCGAUAAGAAGCUGAGGCUACAUGGCUCAAGCUUCGUGAUCCGUACUGUUUUACCCAGGCAACUCUGACCGCAUCAUACGCCCAAGACCAUGAUGGUCCUGUCGACGUAAACGUGUACCCGUAGCUGUGUCGGCAACCAUGAUGGGAGUGUGGCGCCCCCUGUGGAUACUGGCGCUGCUGCUCCUCAACGUGGCGUUAACAUCUUCUGCCAGAAGAGGAGUUUCCCCACCAAACUUCUCCAUAAAGCCGCCACAGUUAGGGAGAGAACGGAUCCGGUACACGACGGAGUACACGUGCGAAGGCCGUGAACUGAACAUCUCCUGUCCGGAGAACUACCAAAUCCACCUCGUGCGCGCCAACUAUGGUCGCCUAAGCAUCGGCAUCUGCAACGAUUAUGGCCGCCUCGACUGGAGUGUCAACUGCAUGUCCUACAAGUCCUUCCUCAUCAUGCAGGACAGGUGCGCCCACAAAUCAAGCUGCGGUACGCACGUCUCCAGCAGCCUGUUUGGUGACCCCUGUCCUGGUACCCUCAAAUACCUCGAGGUGCAAUACCACUGCGUACUUGCAACGGCGUCUCCAACGCCAUCUGGCGUUCCACGCGAUCAUCCCCGCGCCCCACUCCACGGGUCGCAGGGCGUCAACGCUACAACAGCGCCCUCACAUCCAGGUGCCGGAGUAACACCGGGACUGAAGCCCUCAGAGGGACAAAAGUCCGACGGCGAAGCAACUUCACCAUCACCUCCGACGUCAAGUAGUACGACGUCGACCACGACCCCGUCGACGACCGCUGCUAUGGACCGGUCCUGGUCUUCAACGGUUGGAAUCUUAUUCAGAACUGAAGCGCCGCACGUGGAGAUGACGCAAAAUAAUUUUCCGUCGAAAGUGCCUUUUCCGACCUGGCAACGGGUGACACCGAGAACUACGUAUCAGCCUGUGACGACAGCGGAUACAGCGUAUGCUCCCAUCGAGGGUCCCGGUGUCACCACCCGGGAAGAGUAUUGCGCUCCGUCGAACGCCAGAGAACUCUUCUGGAACUGGACCAGGGUGGGCAAUUCCGUCACGCAGAAAUGUCCAGGGGGAGCCACAGGGGUAGCCUCUUGGCAAUGCAGCUCCGGACCACGAUGGGUGCCAGACAAGCCCGACCUGCGCCACUGCCGAUCCCCGUGGGUAGAGAACUUGCGCGAACGGUUGGAAGGUGGAGAGUCUAUCAUCAGCGUCGCUCUGGACCUGUCCCUGAUGACGCAGACAAAGUCCCUGUUCAGUCAAGACGUGAAACACAUCGCCGCCAUCGUGCAGCAGAUGCUGUCGAAAGCGGUCAGCAGCAUGGAGACUUUUCUGGACGCUUGGCAUCGGGAACAAGUGUUCAAGGAACUCCUAGAUGCCAUAUCUGAGACAGCUAGCAACCUUCUCGAACGGAAACAGAGACUGGCCUGGUACGAUCUCAGCUCAGCCGACCAGAAGCAAGUGCUGACUAUGCUGAUGGCUGCAUUGGAAGAAAGUGCCCUUUUGUUGGCAGACUCUUUUUCCAGCGAGAACUUCUUCCCUGUGGUCAAGUCUAAUGUCUUGCUCUCAGUCAAGGUGAUCGACUCACGGUGGAGCAUGAACAUCCAGUUUCCAUCCUAUGCUGAAGCACAGAAAGAUCAGGGGGAACAUUGGACGGGUAUUCAGGAUUCGAUGUUGCUUCCCGUCGAAUCAAUCACACAGUUUACGAAGCAUGGUCUUGGCAAAGUGGUCUUCAUUGCGUAUAACGGUGUGGAAGACUUCCUGCGGCCAGACGUGGCACCAGUUUCCGGGGUGGAAGGUUACAUGGGGGAAGACACGUACAGUGGCCAUUCAACGUCACUCAUCAAUUCAGGCACCCAUGUCGUCAACUCCAGGGUUGUUGCUGCAUCCGUUGGUAGACACAGAAGCACUCAUCUGCCUCAACCGAUCACUGUAACAUUGAAGCACAUUCAGGAAAAGAACGUUACAGACCCUCAGUGCGUUUUCUGGAACUAUGACAUGCAAAUGUGGUCCACGGAAGGCUGCUGGGUGCAGACGUUCAACUCUACGCACACGACCUGUGCUUGUGACCAUCUGACCAGCUUUGCGGUUCUUAUGGAAGUACAGCCCGUACAGCAGGCAUACAGCGUCUUUCCGAGCAUGGUGAAAGUGACGGCAAUCGUAGGGUGCACCAUCACCAUCAUAUUUCUCCUCCUCACUGUCAUCAUGCUCUACCUGUUGAGUUUCAAGAAGAACGAUCGUGUCUGGAUACACCGCAACCUCGUCCUCUGCCUCCUUGUCUCCGAGUUCAUCUUCGUCUGCGGCAUCAACCAGACGCACCUUCCUGUGCUCUGCGGAGUCGUGGCCGGUCUUCUGCACUACUUCCUCCUGGUGGCCUUUGUGUGGAUGUUCCUGGAGGGAUUCCAGCUGUACAUCACGCUGGUGGAGACCCUCGACGUCCAUGGUUCCCGCAUGGGCUGGUACUGCGCGCUGGCGUACAUCAUGCCUGCCAUCGUGGUAUCCAUAGCGGCCAUCAUCGAUCCUUAUAGCUUUGGAACGCAGAGUUAUUGCUGGCUCGAAGCAGACAACUAUUUCAUCUUCAGCUUCGUCGGACCUUGCGUCGGAAUUAUUUUCGGCUGCAUUAUUUUCCUUUGCAUAUCAGGUUGCGUAUAUUGUCACCAAGGGAACGUCGCAACAUCGGUUAAGUGCAAGGAGGAGACUAAGCUAAGAAAAAUAGGAAGUGGCAUCUGGUGGACAGUAGGUCUUGUGACCGUCAUGACUUUCACCUGGGGAGCUGGCAUCAUCUACAUAGUCAAGUACACUGCCGUCUGGGCGUAUCUGUUCUGUGUCUUCAAUUGCGUGCAAGGGGCAUUUAUACUUCUCUUCACUUGCUGGAAGAACGAGACAAUACAGGACGAAGUGAGGCGAACGUUGAAGAAUGUUUCGUGGCUUCCCGACUGCCUCCGCGGAUCCGCGGGGAGUGAGGACGUGGCGCCUCGAGUGCUCGCCAACGGCACGACAGCGCAGCUCAGUGUUGUCCAACAGUCGUGGAACUCUCAGGACAAAAAUUCUACAGUUAUCCCAAGAUUCAUCAUACCAGGUCACCAAUCUAUGGACACGGUGCUCAACGUCAGCCCUACCAUGGCCCCACCUACACAGGAUGCUAGCACCAUCAAACAAAGUCCGACACAUUCCAUUAACGUGCACCAGGACACACUGUCCGGCACGAUACGCCGCAGCUCAGCGAGUAGCAACAUCAGUGCCAUUAAUAACAACGCCAACACAACAGACACUCCCAAGGAGCAGAGGGUGAUCCAGCACAAGGUGCAGAACGGCCCUCGUCAGUGGAACGGUCAUCACUGCCGUAGCAGGCCUUGUCACGGCCACUACUCAGACUCAUCCAGCGUCUACAGCGCGUUUGCGGACCACAUCUACGAGUCCAUCGACGGCGAUUCUUCGUCCGUCGACCGUCUCUCCGACGUGCCUCCUCCAGCGCCGAUAGAGACGUUUUACGGUGACCUGUCCGAUCUCAGCCAACAUUCCUCUUCGAGCUACGGCUACGACCAGCGGCCUCUACUCAUCGCGCCCCUUCCUAGCAAGUAUCAAACCACACCCCUGGCUCAAGUGAUGCAGGGGUUCGCGAGAGACUAUCAGGGGGGUUCCCCCGAGAUUCCGCGGUACGCGGGCGAGAGACUCUACGGCACGGGCCGUCGGAAACACGACGUGUACACCGCACACUUGUACUCUCCGAAGAUGCUCUACGAAGCCGCGCUCGCGCGAGGCGUCGUCGAUGCGGACUUUGCUCCGGAAUCCGGAACCGCGGUGGACGGAGAAGACUGGAGCGCUGGAACGCUGCCGGAUCUGCUCCACGGUCCCACGGACAGUCCGGUCGUGAUGGCAGUGUUGGACGGUGAGAAAGUGAUCAGUAGACUUCGGCCCGAAGUUAGCCCCGUGCCGGACGCUAGGUUGCAUCAGCAGCAGCAUCAGCAGCAGCAGCAGCAGCGGUACAAUCUCAGCACGUACUGCUGACUGGAUGCCUAAUAGUGACAUGUGCUCUUAGAAAGUGGAGAUGAAAAGAUUACAAACCAGCUUCUUUUAAUUUUUUUUAUACUUUUUUUUUCAAAUCGCUCGAGAUAAAACUCACCGCGGCAUGGCUCUGAUGAGACGCGGGCUUUCGUGAGGAAAGAAGCGUUCCAAUUGGAGGCCCGUGUAGCGUGCCUGUCUUUCUUUUUAAUCUCGUCGGAAGUAAUAUAUUCGAAACGGAGCACCUUUUCGAGCUCCUUUUCUCUGCAGCGCAAUGCCAGUGUACAUUUCAUCCUUGUAAAGAACUGCGAGUACUUAAAAGAAAUACUUUUUUUUGCAGUGGAGUGCGUGGUUUGCCAGUGAGUGAGUGUGUGUGUAUUUGCCCGUCCACUCAAAGGAAAAAAAAAAAUCGUUUCGAGAAUCCUAGGCAUCUAGUCGGAAGAGAAGAGGAAGGGUCCUAGUCGGGGGAAAAAAAAACAAAAGAAAGAAAUGCGACGCAUCUUGCUUCUUCAAGAAGAGUGUCGAGUCUGCAUUUUUCUUUCUGUUUUUUUUUUGGUGGUGUGGAAAGUGACUUUUGUUGUUUAAAUAAUUUAAGACGAGCGCUGGUGCUGUUUGUAUGACGGAGACGUUUCUAUUCUUUUUUUGAAGGAAGCUUGAAACGUGUGUGUACAGAAUUUUAAGUAAGCCUUCGAUAUUUAACGCGGCAACUUGUUACGCCGAACCAUGUGUGGGAACGUAACGUAGCCUGCUUGUACAUAGAGUUACGAGAACUAUUUUCACAGUUUGAUAAAGUCAUUGCCUCACACCUGUAAAUAGAGAUACGAAGAUGACGAUAACAAGGCUCCAUCGUGCUUCAACUUGUGCAUAUUUUGAACUUGUGAGAUGCUGCUUAUUUGAUAGUGUUUUGAUAAGCUUUCAAAGUCUCGUACCACGUCGGAUCUUGCAACAUUUCGGGAUAACACCCGAAGAAAAUUUUCGUUUCACUGGUUUCCCUUAGUUUACUUGUAAAAAAUCUCUCCAAUCAUUGUCACACAAUUUUUCUUAAGGGGGAAUCGCUUCUUCAGAGGUUUAUCGGUGAUUUUUGUUCGCACAGAACACGCGAGCGCUCUAAACUAUCAUCUUAAGAUUGGUACUGGCGCGUUCUCCUAGCUUUUCUCUAGUCAACGACGUAUUUCUUAGGGGACAAGGUUGAGCCUUAAUAAAUUAAAUAAAUAAAAUAAAUUGAUAAAUUACAUAAAUUAAUAAAUUAAUUAAAUAAAUGAUAUAAAAAAUAAAUUUUUAAUAAAUUAAAGUUUGGCGCAUGACGAGCAUGUGCUGCCAUCUCGAUAGUUUGUCGCACACUAAAAUGUUUGCGUAUUUUUUAGGGGACAAGGUUGAGCCUUAAUAAAUUAAAUAAAUAAAAUAAAUUGAUAAAUUACAUAAAUUAAUAAAUUAAUUAAAUAAAUGAUAUAAAAAAUAAAUUUUUAAUAAAUUAAAGUUUGGCGCAUGACGAGCAUGUGCUGCCAUCUCGAUAGUUUGUCGCACACUAAAAUGUUUGCGUAUUUUUUAGGGGACAAGGUUGAGCCUUAAUAAAUAAAUAAAUUUUUAACAAAUUAAAGUUUGGCGCAUCUCGAACAUGUGCUGCCAUCUCGAUAGUGUGUCGCACACUAAAAUGUUUGCGUAUUUUUUAGGGGACAAGGUUGAGCCUUAAUAAAUUACAUAAAUAAAUAAAAUAAAUUGAUAAAUUAGUAAGUUAAAUACAUAAAUAAAAUUAAUAGAUUUUUAAUAAAUUAAAGUUUGGCACGUCUCGAACAUGUGCUGCCACCUCGAUAGUGUGUCGCACACUAAAAUGUUUGCGAAUUUGGGCUCAAUACAAAUCAACGGAUAGUCCCGGAAUUCUACAAGAGGUGUCAUUGACGAGGGUAAAGCAAGGAGAACACUCCAGUGCCUUCUGUUUUUACGACAUUUUUUACUUCGUUUCUGAGCGGUGUGCGAACAACCUUUCUCUGUUGUCUUGCGCAGAAGUGAUUCCGCCUUAAAGUUAUACUAUAUUUGCGUAACCAAUCACGUUCGCCACCCCUCGGGCGAGAGUGUGUGUGGUGCGAUUUUUGGUGCCUCCGUGAUCUAUCCCAUCUUUUUACUUCUUUCCGAAGACGAGCUAGUGUUCGUGUAAAUUUUUAUUCCGGCGAACCGUCAUUCGCUGGAGUGUACCUCGCUAGCGCAGUUUUGCGGAGCAGAUCUGUGCCUGCUGAGUGAGACCGCUUUCUAACUUCUAGAAGCUGCAGAACCCACAUUGUCGUGAUAAGUACUGUACAGAACUGUGCCAAAUAAAAUGUUUGAUUCCUCAA